AUGGCAACCAAACCAGAUGUACAGAAAUGGAUCGGAGGACACACUGAAACCAUUUUGUGUCUUGACUGUAGCGUUGAUGGGAAAGUGUUGUCAGGUGGGGAGAAGGGACAGUCUUGUCUGUGGUCACAUGAUGGAAAUGUGAUAGAGAAAGUUGGUGUUGGUGAGAUUGGUAUAGCUGACGUUACUUCUGUGUGCUUCUCUCGCAAAGAUCCUUCAUGUUUCUAUGUGGCAUCUGGGGAACAAAUUAGACAGUAUGAUAGUAGAAACUUGAAGAUGGCAAUGUGGAAUUGUGAAUAUAACAAAGAAGAGAUCAACCAGAUUGCUCUGAAUUGUAAUGAAGAGUUGCUGGCAUCAUGUGAUGAUUCAGGCUUAAUCAGAAUUAUCAACGUUCGAGAAAAGAAAUGCAAGAAAGUUUUAAGGAAACAUUCUAAUAUUUGCACAAGUGUCAGAUUUCGCUCAAAGAGACCCUGGGAGCUUAUAUCUGGUGGCAUGGAUGCUUCAGUAGUACAUUGGGAAAGUGGUCGUGGUCGGACACUUAGCGUACUCAACAUGCAAGAAAUUGCACGACAUUCAAAUCCAAGUGGUGGGUACAUGGUGAAUCCUCCAUUGGUGCAUUCAGUCGAUGUGUCGGAGAAUGACCAUCUGUUGGCUUGUGGGCUGGAAAAUGCAUCUGUCGAACUCUUUGAAUUUCGUGGCAAAAAAAGUUUGUGUCAGAAAAUGUGCCUGCAAGGUCACUGCCUUGGUGUAUCUCAGGUACAUUUCCCAAAAUUCCGGUCAGAUGAUUGGUUACUCUCUGCAGGGAAUGAUGGGAAAAUCAUAUUAUGGGAUAUAGCUAAUGUCAAAUCUACAAGUGGAAAGAUGAAAGAUGAAGAUGGUGGAACUGAAAUGGGCUCAAGUGUGUCGUCACAGUUCCAGAAACAUGUAAUAACACAUGGUGAUAAGAUAAACUGGCUAACUACAGUGAAAACUAUAACAAAUAAUUUUAUUUUUGUUGCUGAUCAAAGUGAGACAAUCUCAGUGUAUUCACUGACACACUGA